CUCAACAAAACCAUUUAUUUUGAUGCGCUAAGGAAUUUUGUUACUAACAUAAAAAGCGCAUAUAUGCGACGGUUAUCUACCUUUGAUAAGCGUGAUGUUUCUAAUGAAACUAACAUAAAACUAUCAGAAGUCCAACAAUCCUUGCAAGAUACUAAAACAACAUUAACUAAAAUGCGUGAUCAACAAAACAAAACAUUAUCUGGAUUCACUGCAAAUAUGGAGGAGAAUAAAUUAAAACUAUCAGAAAUGCGGCAAUCACUUGAUCAACAAAACAAAACAUUAGUGGAGACCAACAAAAAAUUAUCAGAAAUGAAACAAUUACAAUGGCAUAUGUUUAUUGGAAAGAAUAUAACUAACAAUAAGCCUUUAGAAUUUAGUCCAACUUCUCAGCAUUAUUCUAAUAAUUUGUGA